UGAAGUUGAAACACAUCGAAGCUGUCGAUACGAUUACCAAGUUUCUUAUUCAAAAUCUUUACGUGUUCGAUAAUAAUGCGUACGUGUGUGUCUGUGUGUGGGGGGAUGAAGAGGGUAAAGAAAAUACGAAGAGGAAACUUGAUGGAGGGUCGAGAAUAACUACACUCCUUCCGAGAUGCUCGCCUUGGCGGCGACUGAUGGUGUCUCGUGUGCGGUAGUUAUCCAAGAGUGGGAGUAGUAUGAUUUGGCUGCUGGAGUUGAAUGGUGGGGGAAGAGCGCACCUAUACCGGCAGCACGGAACUCGGAAGAACAUCGUGCUCAGCGGUAUUCGCUUGCGAGCCGGCGUUGGAAGCGGAUCGCUAUACUGCGUACGCUUGUCUCUACUUUUGCACGCCGCGAAUUAUUAUCAUCCCUGUCGUCUGUCAUUUUGAUUUUGCUUAUAUAGUUAAUAUACAAAUAACCUGUUAGAUCAAUUUAGAUAGAAAAAAAUUCGAAUUAUUGUUCAUUCGAAUAAUACGUUUGAGUUGAUUUUUUAUUUUAUUUUCCUUUUUCUUUUUUUUUUGUAUUUAUUGACAUGCGUCAAAUUUUGAACAAUUAAAUGAUUGUGAAGAAAAGAGAGAUCGAGUGGUAAGGAAAUCGUAAAGAUCAAUUUGUACGUGAAAUUAAUUAAAAAGGAUAAUAGGAGAUAUUUUGUAUGGAAUAAAAUAAGAAUUAGAUAAGUCGUAGAUUUCGAGAAAAGGCGAAGAAAACGUUGACCGGUUGACCGGUAGAGCGCGGAACGGUGUACCGGACGGUUCGCGAUAAAAUUCACGGUGGAAAGUGCUACACGCUCCGAUUCACCGUGCGUUAUCCGAAGAAACAGGAGGCAGAGUAAGGAAGAAAAGAAGGAAGAGAAAGAAAAAGAGAAAGACAGAGAAAGACUUCACGCUCGUCGAAGAGAGAUUAAAAGAACAGAGAACCGAAAAUUUCAAAGUUUCUAUAGACAAUUUGUUAAUCGAAAUUUCUUGGAAAAACUCGUAUUCGAUAGAACACCCCACUACGAAAAGACUUUUUGUGGUAUACAUCGGAUUUCAAUUCAUCAUCAAGAUGAUUACUGGAUUCGUUCUGACGCUGUUGAUCUCCGUCAGCGGCAUUUACUGUCAAAACAAUAGCUUGCUCUCGAGCGAAGUCCUGCAGGAUUACGAUCCGCAAUUCAUGGUGGGCUGUUACUUUCCUGCAGAAUAUCAGGGUGAAUUCGUGACGCAGGUGAACGUUAAGGACAGCACCAUUGGCACAACGAACGAGCCUAUUCAAUACUCGACCAUUAACAUUACUUACAAUGCCAUCCCGGUCUGGGGUUAUUGUCGUAGAAGAGUCGGUGAAAAUGUUCUCUUAAUAGACAGAUACGGUGACGGCGAUUGUAUACGGUGCUUUCGGCUAAAGCGAAGAGCUCGCAACGUUAUCGAAGUAUUCUCGGAAGAUCUCAACAGGUGUUACACUUACGAAUCAGCCGCCAUUGCUUCGUGCGAAACUCUGAACUCUACGUCCAUUCUUUACCGUACCAAGGAAGUCGGCGGUGCACCAAUUAGAAACGAAUAUUGUCCUAUAGUAGGAGGAUAUCAUUUUAAAUACAGUCUUAACGAUGAUUCAUCCAUAUCAACCGAAUGCAACUCGUUCUUCUCGAAUCUUCAUAACUGUCCUGAUGGAUCUGUCUUGCAUUUAAAAUUCAAUGAUUGCACCUUUGAGUCACGUGAAUUGAGCUUCAACUGUUUGGGUAGCUGGCCAGGUGGUCCUUAUGGUUCAACUUAUAUUGCCUUGGUAGAAAAUGAUGCUAUAAAAGAAAAUCGUCCUCAGUAUCGUUGUGGCUUGUUCUAUGUUGAUUACAAAAAAGGAAGAACGUACAUGGCCUUCAGUAGUGAUUCCAGUUGUACAAAAGGUUUAGCCAAUUCUACGAGCGGAUUUGAGACAUUUGUUCUAAGCAAAAUGGCUAAUCAAAAGCCGAUACCAAAUUAUGUGAAAACUCAUGUAGCAACGUUUCCAAAGUGGGCACAGGGAUUGUGGGAAGAGUCCCUCAUCGUAAAUGGUACAAUGACUUUCACCGAUCUCAACGGAUAUAACAGUUACACUUUCGUUACGGUUGAAUCAAACGAUGAAACUGGACGUUACGUAGUCUAUUCAAAGGAUCAUUGUGAGAAUGAGGCCUACGUAUGCUUGAUGAUGAGACAACGCAGUGAAAACGUAUUAGAAUUCACGAUAGGGAUGGUAAUGAAUCCAGGUUAUCAAGAUUAUUUGUGUGACGAUUCAAACUUCGAUAAACCAGUGUGGAUGACUCAAGCACGUAUUGAACGAAUAGUAGAAUCACCUUGUCCAAUAACUGGACAAUACACGGGUAAGAUAACCGAUUUAUCGGGCAUGUGUGCAGAGUUGAGUAGCAAUUGCAAUACUCGAGAAAUAAUGUAUUAUAAAGUUUAUGACUGUGAGUCCGAGGAACUCUAUGAAGAACGGACGUAUUUGUGCUUGGGACAGUGGGAAGAGAAAGGUGUAAUGUACACCUACACGAUGAGAAACGACACAGGUACAAAAGAGUGUUUUGUCGGCUUGAUCGUUAAUGACGAGGAAAUUUAUAUUAAGGAAGCAGGUGAUCAUUGUAUCAGAGAUAUAGAUCCUAAGGAGCAAGGAAUGAGAUUGUACAAAAAAGGACAAUGUUAUGGAAAUUCUCCUAGUCCUGCACCAACACCAAUGAAACCUCGUAAUCCUAUAAGUGUGUCGACAACUCCACGAUCCAGAUUUUCGGGUGGAACCACGAGAAGACCAGGAGGAGGUGCUCCAUCUUCCGCAUUAUCGAGAAAUCUUCAAAAUAAUGCUUUAGUUGUUGUAAUGGUACUUGCCGUAUUUCUUAGAAUAUUUAAUUUUACGUAGUGGACGAACGAUAUUUUUAGUUUAGGAUAAUGCAAGUAGAUAACGAAACUCUAUAUUUAUAAGCUCGAUGAACGUUUUAUUCUCGACAAAUUAAAUAAGAAAUCGUUUAUAGGUAGAGAAUUGCAAUAUUUAAUAUGACACUAUAAAUAUUUAAAUAUACGAUAACGUGUUUUCGUAUAAAGUGUAGAAAGUUUACAAUACAUUUUAUAUCAAAUUAUACUUUAAUUACAAGACUAAAUCAAAGUGCACCAUAUGAUCUUCGUUAGAAGUUCGACAAGUGUACAAAAACUCGAAUAACAUUACUGAAAUUUUAUAGAUAGAACGAGUCAAGAAAGUAUUUUACGUAAAACAAGAAAAAUACAAUAACUAUCUUUUACUGUAAUAUAAUAACAAAAUUGAUCAAUUUUUUCUUAGAUCAAAUCAUUUUAUAAGAUACAAAUCAUUUUCGUCGGCUAAGUAUUGUAAAUUAUCGAGAAGACCCAAAGAUCUUGUAAUCUUUUUUUUAUUACUUGAUUCCUGAUAUAAACCAAUAUAUUUUAUGCGAGGCAAGAAUUUAAUCUAUUUGAACAUAGUACAUAUAACAAAGUUAUUUAUAUAUAAUAAGCUAUUUCUUUAUAUUUCAUAUUCCAAAUUUUCUUUGAUCAGUUUAUAUGUGUCAUAAUAAUUGAAUUUAUACAAAAAACAAACUUUAACGAUACACAAUUUUAUGAUUAAAAAAAAAAUAUAUUUACUCGCAGACAUAAUAUAGAAACAUGAGCAACGAUAAGACUGAUAUAUACCUUUGACUUUUAUAUAAUUCAAGAGUAUUUUUUUAAGAACAAACUUAUGAUCAUAAAAUAUUUCAAAACUAUAUCCGUAGAAUAUACAAAACAAAUAAUAGAAAAUUUAUGAAAUAGUAAUUCUUUCAAAAUGCUCGUUUAUUCAGUUAUUAAAUUAUAUAAAAAUCUAUAGUCCUGUAAUACAGUCUUUUAAUCCAUUUUGUUUGAUGCUCUAUUUUAAAUCUUAAAU